AUGGACGUGGUGAAGGCCAUCGAAAAGGUUGGAUCAACCAGUGGGAGGACUUCCAAGCGAGUUGAGAUCGCUGACUGUGGUCAACUUAACAGUGAGAAUCAAGUUGAUGAUCAUGUUUCGCGGCUUCCUGAUUCCGAUCAUCGGAAUGAUCACAUUGAUGAUCAUGCUUCGCGGCUUCCUGAUUCCGACCAUCGGAAUGACUCGGGUUCUCAAAAAAAUUCGGGUGGAAAAGUCGGCAGUACUCCAGCAAUUGGAAUUGACUUGGGUACAACAUACUCGUGUGUGGGUUAUUGGAAACAUAAUCGAGUUGAGAUCAUAACAAACGAUCAAGGGAACAGAACAACUCCGUCUUAUGUUGCCUUCACUGACAAAGAACACCUAAUUGGUGAUGCAGCUUUCAACCAAGUUGCCCUGAAUCCCAUCAAUACCGUUUUCGUUGUGACUGUUCCCGCCUAUUUCGAUCAUUCACAGCGUCAGGCCACAAUGAAUGCCGGACAAAUUGCAGGCCUCAAUGUACUUCGCAUUAUCAACGAACCGACAGCUGCAGCUAUAGCGUAUGGUCUUGACAAGAGUUCAAGCAUCACCGGAAAGAGGAAUGUUCUCAUAUUUGACCUUGGGGUUGGCACUUUUGAUGUUUCAAUCCUCGCAAUUGAAAGAAGCAAAAUUGAAGUUAAGGGCACUGCCGGUGAUACACAUCUCGGAGGAGGGGAUUUUGACGCUCGAUUGGUGGAUCAUUUUAUCAUGGUGUUCAAGAGGAAGCACAAUAAGGAUAUCAGUGGAAAUCCUAAAUCAAUAAGGAGAUUAAGAACGGCUUGUGAAAGGGCCAAAAGGAUCCUUUCUUCUUCCGCCGAGACGCGAAUUGACAUCGACUCCCUGUUCGAAGGCAUUGACUUCUCAGCAACUAUUACCCGACCCAAGUUCGAGGAGCUGAACUCGGAUUUAUUUAUCAAGUGCAUCGAAACAGUUGAAAAGUGUUUGACGGAUUCCCAAAUGGACAAGAACACUAUAGAUGAUGUUGUCAUGGUAGGUGGUUCGAGCAGAAUCCCGAAAGUUCAACAGAUGUUACAAGACUUGUUAAACGGGAAAAAGCUUUGCAGAGACAUAAAUCCCGAUGAAGCUGUUGCUUAUGGUGCAGUCAUUCAAGCUGCAACGCUGAGUUGCCAGGAUAACAAGAAGCUGAAGCAGCUUGAGCUUGUGGAAAUUACACCGCUCUCCUUAGGUAUUGAAACCUCAGGCCAAAUCAUGGAUGUUGUGAUUCCUAGAAACACCAUCAUCCCUGCCAGAGGAGUACAUGAAUUAACGACCAUCGUCGAUAACCAGAGUUGUGCGAGAGUCAAAGUAUUCGAAGGCGAGAGAGUAAGAUCAAUAGACAACAAAUUCUUAGGCGAAUUUUUACUUCCGGGCAUUCAAUUGGCCCCUAGGGGUGUCCCGAAAAUCGACAUCUAUUUCGACUUGGAAGCCAAUGGUCUACUGACCGUAACUGUUAAGGAAGUAGAUACAGGUCAUGAGAAGAGCUUCAAUGUGACGUGUGGAAGAUUAUCCAGAGAUGAAAUUGAUUCCGUGAUUAAGGAAGCUAACAAGAACCAAGUUGAGGACAAAGAGUAUAGGAAGAGGUCUGAUGCUCGGAGUGUUUUCGAGAAGUUUACUUGUGAUAUGAGGGAUCAUAUAAACAAAAGUAACAUGUCUUCUGCAGAGAAAAAGAAGGCUGAAGAUGCAGUUAAGAAUGCCUUUCAAUGGUUGGACGAAACUCAUGAUCAGCUUGCCGAGGUUCGCGAUUAUGAAGAGAAAACAAAGGAACUAGCGCGCGUUUGUAACCCGGGUAGGCCUUCGCCAUUCCGACAAUUGAUCAAAUUGAUUGGCCGGAAUCAAGGUCACCAACGUAAGUGAAAUUCCGGCUUCCUGUAUGUACAAGAUACGGUGUAAUUGAAAUGUGUAAUGAGUUGCUCUAAUAUGUAUGGCAUGAAAGAUUGGCAAACUGCUGAUUAAAGGAGGACAAAAAAAAAGGUUUUGUACUUAGAAAAAAUAAAUAAAUAAAUAAAAGAAGCCUAUGUGGUUUGGACAUUGGUGGCAUGGGAACUUGGUAAAACUUUACAAAUUGCGUGAAGUGGCAUAAUUCAAGUGGCGCCUGUGGCAUGGUAUUAGGCUUUUUACUUCUUUUUUUUUAAUUUCUUCUUUAAUAGUUGUAUUUUCUAAUGUAAAUAAAUAGAAUCUAUUUUAUUAAAAUUAAUUUCAUUUAAUUGUAAGGAGAAAGACGGUAAAGAUGUUUU